CCACGUGGCCUUGGAGGCGGCUCAGGGCGCCCUUGGAAGCUCCCGGACMUGCGGUCAUGGCUGGUCCAGCGCAGGCCGGUGGGGCCAGGUCCCUAGACCUGCUCCGGGCCCUGCCGCGUGUGAGCCUGGCCAAUUUAAAGCCCAAUCCCGGCUCCAAGAAACCGGCGAGGCGACCAAGAGGUCGGAGAAGAGGUAGAAAAUGUGGGAGAGGCCAUAAAGGAGAAAGGCAGAGAGGAACCCGGCCACGGCUGGGCUUCGAGGGAGGCCAGACUCCAUUUUAUAUCCGAAUCCCAAAAUAUGGAUUUAAUGAAGGACAUAGCUUCAGACGCCAGUAUCAGCCUUUGAGUCUCAAGAGACUGCAGUAUCUUAUUGAUUUGGGUCGAGUUGAUCCUACUCAACCUAUUGACUUAACCCAGCUUGUCAAUGGGAGAGGUGUGACUAUCCAGCCUCUUAAAAGGGACUAUGGURUCCAGCUGGUUGAGGAGGGUGCUGACACCUUUAGGGCAAAAAUCAAUAUCGAAGUACAGUUGGCUUCAGAACUAGCUAUCGCUGCGAUUGAAAAAAAUGGUGGUGUAGUUACUACAGCCUUCUAUGAUCCAAGAAGUCUGGAUAUUCUGUGCAAACCUGUUCCAUUCUUUCUGCGUGGACAACCCAUUCCAAAACGAAUGCUGCCCCCUGAAGCACUGGUGCCGUAUUAUACUGAUGCAAAGAACCGUGGUUACCUGGCGGAUCCUGCCAAAUUUCCUGAAGCAAGACUGGAACUUGCCAAGAAGUAUGGCUAUGUUCUACCCGAUAUCACUAAAGAUGAACUCUUUAAAAUGCUCAGUACUCGAAAGGAUCCAAGGCAGAUCUUCUUUGGUCUUGCUCCAGGAUGGGUGGUGAAUAUGGCAGAUAAGAAAAUUCUAAAACCUACAGAUGAGAAUCUCCUCAAGUAUUAUAGCUCAUGAAUUCCCUUCCAGCAAAGCAGAGUUGUAGCAGAGUACCAGAAAAGGGACUGAAGCAUAUGGAUUUCUCCAAUCAUUGUAUAUAGUCAUUUGCAUUUCAUGAAUGUAUAAUUCCUCAGCUGUUAGUUGUUAGGGUAGUCAUAUCUCUUUUUCAUUUUCAUCUAAAAUUAAAAUAACACUGCAGAAAAUAAGGACUACACAUAG